AUGGCCGGUUUGCCUAGUAGGAUUAUAAAGGAGACACAGCGGUUGAUGGCGGAGCCCGUACCAGGGAUCACGGCUACGCCCGACGAAGGGAACGCUCGAUACUUCCACGUGGUCAUCGCGGGGCCUCAGGACUCUCCGUUUGAAGGAGGCACAUUUAAACUUGAACUAUUUCUUCCAGAAGAGUAUCCCAUGGCAGCUCCCAAAGUGCGAUUCAUGACCAAAAUCUACCACCCCAACGUCGACAAACUGGGAAGAAUAUGUUUAGACAUUUUGAAAGAUAAGUGGUCUCCAGCCCUGCAGAUCUGUACAGUGUUGCUAUCUAUCCAGGCGUUAUUAAGUGCUCCUAACCCAGAUGAUCCCCUGGCAAAUGACGUCGCAGAGCAGUGGAAGAAAAACGAAAGCCAUGCCAUUGAGACAGCCCGAACAUGGACCAGGGUCUACGCGGGCCCCAGCGAAGUAUAGAAGAAGAGAGACGAGGCGACUGAAUGUGAUCCACAAC